CUGAAAAUCAGAGCGCCCCACUAUAAAACCCAUCACCCAUUCUGUCUUUGUUAUCAGCCCGUUCUCUUUGAACUCUGACAGUUCAGGAAGGGUAUUACUCGUCAUCACAUAUCAUCAUGGCGGCAAAAGUUUAUGUUGGUAAUCUGAGUUGGAACACGACGGAUGACUCCUUGAGACAGGCCUUCGGAGAUUUUGGGAAUGUCACCGAUGCUAUCGUGAUGAAGGACCGUGAAACUGGCCGUUCUCGUGGUUUCGGUUUUGUCACCUUCGCCGGCAAUGAAGAUGCUCAGGCAGCCAUCGACGGAAUGAACGAGCAAGAGCUUGACGGUCGCCGGCUUAGGGUUAACUUGGCCAACGCUAGACCCAGUGGUGGGGGAGGCGGAGGUGGAGGCUAUGGGGGCGGAGGCUACGGCGGCGGUCACAGUGGCGGUGGAGGCGGAUAUGGCGGCAGCGGCGGCGGCGGAUAUGGCGGCGGCGGUUACAGCGGCGGCGGUGGCGGUUACGGCGGAGGCUACUGAGCUCUGAAUGGUUUUGUGUUUUCAAGAUGGUCGGUGUCACAAUUCUGUAUGUUGUUCAAAGGUCGUGUUCAUCCGCGUCAAGCUACGAUAUUUCCGCAUGCAUUACAGUAUCUGUUUGAUCAUAACGCAACUUAAAUACUCGGUCGAGAUUUGUAUCAAAACAUGUGUUGUCCUGGAGAAUCCUUCUUGAACGUGUGUGGAUCCUUGUGUUGCCAAACAUUGAGUAA